AUGGGAAAGUCCAAGUCAGCGAGCCGGUCGCUCGGAAGAUCCGUCAAGAAAAUAGGCGAGAACAUUCUCACUGCUUUCUCGUGAGUGGAAACAUUCUGAUUCAAAUUGAUGAAGUAGAAAAUUUAACACGAUUUCUGAUCAGUAGUCACUAAAGCGCUUUAUCCCAAAAAAAAAAUGUUGUUUAUAUUUUGAACAAUUGAAAACCUUUAUUUCAAGAAAAGAACGUCUGACCGAUGAAGAAACUGAAAAAGAUAAACCUGAGAGGGAUAGACCGGACAAAGAAAAACAAGAAAGGUCAUUUCGACCGGGAGAAAGCGAUAAAGUUAGAGAAAAGAGAAAAAUCGAACUUGGACCGCCAGGACAGAACUGAACAGCCAAGCGCUACAACUCCAGCAGGUUUUUGUUGAUUUUUCAAUUUCAAAGUUUCGAUAGUUUUGUGAGAGCCAACUUUAACUCAAAUUUUCUGAGCUACUCAGACAAUUUUUUAGGAAAGACAAAGUCGCAAUCCAAUGUGAAAAAAGUCAAAGUGAGACAGCCUUCUCCAUGUUGAAAAGACCAAAAUCAUUUUUAGAGCAAGCAAAAGGUCGUCAGUACAACGAAAGAAAAAGAAAAGGAAAAAGAAAAAGAAAAGGACAAGGAAAAGGACAAGAAACAGGAAUCCGACAAUAGUACAUUUGAGGUCUGGUAUCAAGAGGCUGUACGAACUCGCCUUACUAAUAACAUGUCGGAUGUUUAAAUCGUAGAUAUAGUCCGAAGAUCAGUGGUAGGUUGGCCAAGCACAUAGCUGCUUUGAAGUCGAUCGGCGUAUCUAAUCGGUGGUAGUUUAUUAACUACCGGGUACUAUCUUUAUAGUACCUUUAUACUACCGGAUAAGUACCGGUUCCUUUAGCACCAGUGUUUUUGCUAACAGUUCCAAAUCUUCCAAGAUCUUAUUGGCUAAUAUUGAAAAAAAAUUACUAUCGGGGAAGUAUGACCGGACUACCCGGUAACAAUCGCACAUUUCAGGUAGAAAAGCUUUCAAAGCGAUAGUAUCCAGGUACCAUAAAGAUAGUACCCGGUAGCUGAUAAACGACCACCGAUUAGCAUUUGCCUUUGAAGUAGCUACCCGGAAGCUUGUAGCCUCCUCCCGAUUGACCUUUGGGCACUCUUCACGUUUUCUUGAUACCCUGCAGCGCUCCCUGGACGAUUUUUUGUUUAACAUACUCUUUUGUAGGACAACCUAAAACAAAAUUUCGGACUAGAUAUGUUAUAUGAGAAGGUACUGCUUGGCACUAGCAUAGUAGAAAUUUAUCAGAGCAGUUAGCUAAAAGAGAAUCGAAUAUGAACCAGACUUCUUCGAGCCGUUUCAAGUGCAAACACAAUGUUUUAGUCGAGAUGCAAAGAUCGAAUUUUUCAGGUGGUAAAAGGAGCUCGUCCUGCACAGGCGCAUCUCCAUGGCGUUAAAUCGAACCUGCGGUGGAAAACUCAAACUUCAGCCAGUAACCUCACCAAGUUUAGUUUAUUUUUAGUAUGACAAAUUCAGGCGCGAGCGUAGGCACAGGCGAAAGCGAUAAUGAUAAAAUUAGCAAGGUGGUCGCACGAAUGAAAAGAUCUACUGCAAAAGCGAAGAAGAAAAGGGACAAGACAGAGGAUGGAGGCUCCCAGAAAAACGAUAUCCGUAGAAUCAAUUGAAGACGACGCGGUUAGUUUAGCAACUCACAAAAGAAGAGCAAAAAUUGACGUCAGCUAGAAGAAGACGUCGGAUCGGCGGCGCGAAUGCUGCAGCAGAUCAAGAUGGUCAAGGUGAUCGAGGGCGAGUGCUCACCAGCAGAACAGACGCUACUCAAAGAGUUCUGCGAGGACAAGACGACCAAAGAGCCCCCUGAGGCAAAAAUUUAACAGUUAAAGUACAAAUAGGUUUGAGAACUUGUCCUCAAGCAUCCUGAGCAUAGCCAAAUCGAAAAUUCUCGACUUUUGUAAAUGAGCCGAAAUAAUGCUGGUCGCCGACAUGAUUUCUACCGUACGAAGAAAUUUACUGCGCUGAAAUAAAUUCUUCGAAGCGACAUAAUCGCUCGAAAGCAAAAGUCCAGAACUUUCUCAUAGGGAUGCUGCUCUGGAAAAAGUCUCAGCGAAGUGCUGACGUAUUCUCAUACCGAUAUAUUCGUACCAUAUAAAAUUGAAAAAAAAAAAUUAGUCAGAACAUUUCAGGCUGAAAAUCUGAUAGAUAAACUGACGUCUGCCAUAAUAAAAGCUAUUGUGAACAAAUCAGAUGUUUGUCGAGGCACAGUUUCUGGCGAAGUUAGGAUGUUUGCAGUAGAAGAAACAUUGGUUGAGUUGAAAAAUAGUGAUUUUUCCUAUAAAUGAACAUUUAUAGGCCAAAAACGCAACAAAAUGUUUGAUGAUUGUUCGAAAAGAUCUUCUUUUGGCGUCCUGGCAGAAAACCGAGGGAACAGACACUGAAGAGGUUUUUUUAAAAUUAUAUUAAACCCUGAAAAAGUAAUUUAAUAACAUGAGUCAAUGAUUGACUAAUGCGAAAGUUCUGACGAUGAGUCGCCCUCUAAGUCCUCAAUUUUUAAGACCCGAAAGGACCACAUAAUAAUCGAAUUUAUUUUCCCCAAGUCCCUGUCAUUGCAGAAUUAUUAUAAACACUUAAAAUUUCGAAUCAGUUUCCAGGAUUCUACUUGGUCGCCAAUGUGCAAAAAGCUUGCAAAAUCUCUGACUCCCGUCAGCAUCGAGGAUAACCAGAAAAAGUCAACUUGA